GAUUUGCCGUUUGUCGCUUUCCAAGAUGACGCACUUGCGCAUAUCGAGCGUACGGCAACUCGGACAGAGCAAAUAUACAUCUGUCAUGGAAAGCAUGCUUAAGAGCGCCGUGGCGGAGACCACAAAACUUUUUGAAGCGAUGGUCGAAGAGCUGAAGGCAGAAAUUUCGAGAAUAAAGAAGGAAAACGACGACCUGAAAACAAGAUGCAGCCAGUAUGAAAAGGCUCCGUUACAAACACCAGAUUACGGCGGAGGAAGUGGACCAGGUCAGCCACCAUGCCACAGCUGGGAGAAGCGCGACCGAGCAGUUCAAUGUGAUCUUACCUCAUCUUGUACUGAGAUGGUGCAAAAUGUGGAGCAACAACAAAGUUAUGAGAGUUUAAGGUACUGUUUGCAUGACCACAACUACGAGUACCAGGAAGAGACAUAUUAUCCAAUAGAAUCAUCGCCUUUUAAAGGAGAGUCAGCAUUAAAGAACGCAGAAGAUGAGCCAAUAUGCACAGGGCCACACAUUAGCAAUGUGUAUUCAACACAAGAUGUAUUUGAAGUCGACGAAGAGGACAGAGUGGCAUUGGUUGCAAAUGAUACUCAAAUGGCCCAAAGCCCAGAAGCAGAUUCAGAACAUCGACAAAAACAGCCGAGUAAAAAAAAAACAGUGCCUGUUGAGCAGCUUGAAGGAGAGCAACCGUCAGUGCUCCUGCAACAGUGUAGUGGAGAAAGGUCACGAACUGAUCAAACUGUUAUCUGUCAGGAAAGUGUGCAUUUUACAAGAAAUCAGUUGGGGCAGCCUCCUACCACAAGGAAAGAAGUUAUAGGUGAAGAACAAACAACAACAAGGACUUGUGGAACCCAGAUGGUAUACCAUCACCUAGUGAAGCCACCUGAACAAAAGCUCAUCAGUUCUUCUCCAUUUACAGCGAAACAUGUUGUAGUCACGUCAGAUGUCAGUACAGGUAAUGCUAAUCUGGAUGAGGCAGGUACCUCUAAACAGGGAAAAACCUCUGAAUCUCAAAUAUUGGGAAAUGAAGCUCCAUCUUCUCGGAUUCCGUCUGUAACUGAUACCUUCAUUUAUUCCUCCGUGAAAUCUCAAAAACCUGUAGUCAAGUCCAGACAACGUUGCACUUCCGUAACUCUCCAGGAUGCAAUGCUGCUGGUGGAAGCAAUGAGUCCAAACGUGUCCUCGUCUCUCCCCCAGUCUCAUACCCAGCUGGUGGACUUAAGAAUCCCAGAAAAUGUCGCAAUUGAUCCACAGGCAACAGCACCUUCUACUGAAGCUCAUGAAGUUGAGGAUAUGUCGACAUCAUCAAAAACAGUUCCGGCACCAAAUGCUGCUCCUCAGCCCAGAAAUUCUGAGAUUAAUUCUGAUUCUAAGAACAGCAGUGAACCUCUGGUCCACAUUAAAGCAUACACAGCAGCAGAGAUUCCAUCAACAGCUCAAUUAAAUGAGCAGAAGAAUUCCCCCCAUCCAAUAACACUCGUUAACAGUAACGUACCUACUGCCAAAACAAAUCAAAGCCUUCUGCCUAAAGUUUUUGUGACUACUCAUGUUUCUCCAACCAAAGUGAGUUCACAUUCAACUCCUCCGUCUAUGCGUUCAGCUUUCGGAACAACUUCCUUGUCCAGAGUCCCUGGGAAGGUAACAUACAUCACUACAAGGAAACUUCUGCCUAUAGUACCUCCACACAAUGAGAGCAGAACCUCGAAAGAUCAGGUUAAACUAAUUAUAAUACAAAAAAAGUCAAAAUCCAUCCCACGCCAGUCAGAGACCAUCAGUUCAGAACGAGUUGGUUCUGAGUUACUGUCUCCACCAAGGUUGAUAUGUUUGUCAGGAGUCCAACCUGAUUGUGAAAAUGCAAAGCCUGUUGAAGUUUCUCCUUUUUCACCUUUCGAUACCCACUACAUUCCAGUCGACAAAAUCAAUUUUAACCUAAAUUGUGGACCCCAAGACUCCCUUUGUCCCAAGGCUUUGGAAUUAUCCGUUAGUGUGAAUUCACAAGAUGCACCAGCAUGUGGAAAAAAGAAAACUGCUGAAGUUUCUACAAAAUCUGCAGAGAUGACGAAUAAUGUAACUGGUGACAAUACGACACGAUUGAGUUCUUCAUCACAAAACCAGUCUGUCAGUGGGGAUGCUCAAACUGCUGAAAAUACAUCCACUUUGUCUCUAAACAAUAUGUUGGUCUCCCUUGGAUUACCUGAAACAGCUGCAACUCAUUCAGGCUUAAUUGCCUCCACUGAAAGUUGCAAAACAAAAAUGUCUGAGUCCACUGGUUCUACGACAACUUUCCAGUUGGCAGUGGAACCAAAGCUUUCUCCAGUGGUAAAAUUAUUCAGGCUGCCCAUUUGGGUAAAUUCCCAAGAAUCAAUUUCAGUCUCAAGGCUGAGAAUGAGUGGUUAUCCUAAACCCACAUUUCUGCCUGGAAACAAUACCACACAUCCCCACUCAGAUAUCGCUAGGAAUUUUGAAAAUUCUGAAGAAGAGUCACAUGAGCGGUCUGAAGUGGACAUCUGCCCAACCUUCAAGUCUUCAUUUGAUGACCAUGCUUAUCAUCUGAGCAAGGAAAAUGGAGAUGUGGAGGAGGAAACACCAGAACUGGGCUCCAUUCCAUCUAAGCACAUCUCCUACCCUCAGUCAAGGAUGACAAAAGCCCAGUUCUUGGCACAAUUGGCAGUUACACCAGUUGAAGCUGGAAAAAAGGCCUCAACUGACGCAUCCAUGGAUGAAAAGGCUUUAGAUUGUGAAACCUGCUCCAGUGACGGGAAAGGUUCACAGAAAGACUCUAUGAUGACACGACUUCGAAGUCACCUCAGGAUUCAUUCACAAAUUACAAGAAGUGAAACAAGACUAUGCACAGAAACAACCACGACUACUGCGAGUCCUAAAAAGACCAGAUUAGAGAACGCUAACAAAGAGAAUAGAACGGCAGUGAAUGGAAAGUCAAGUGAGGUUGAAGGCGUUGCAUUUGCUGAAGACCCUAGUCUACCAACUGAAAUACAUGAAGGCCACUCGAAAUCUGAUGAACCUGUGACUGAAACAUCUAGACACACAAGGGCAUCCAGUACGACCUCACAAUGUUCACGUUUUACGUCUGAAAAUAAUAAGCCAACUUCAGUUGAUUCCAAAAGAUUAAGGAAGCGGUUACACCAUAAUACAGCUGACAUUGGCUGUAGAAAGAAAGUGAAACCCAAAUUGGGAUCCAAAAUCCAUAGUCCCAAAAUGUCCAACUCCACCUCUUGUCCUAAAACGUGUUGUGAUUCUAAUACAAGACUAGAUGAAAGUGAAUCAAGUUCACUUAGUUUUAGUAAGAGAACUGGUGGAAGUCCUACCAAAAAUGUUAAUGAGCAUGUUAAUGGCAAUGUCUGUCCAGAGGAGAUAAAGAAAACGACUAAGAAACCCCGACAGGAUAUUUCAACCCAUAACAAGAAAACAAAAGCUGUAAAUUCUAAGAAGUCAGUGAAAAAUAAAGUUCUGGCAAAGAUGACAAGUUCCAGUCAGCCCAAAAGUGCUAAAGCUGGGAAAAAAUGUAUGUCUAAAGCUGUGUGGAUCCCACCUAUAGAAGAACCAGCAGAAGAGAAAACAUUGCUGCAGGUACCUGUAAAGAAGGAGUCAAAAUCAGGGAAAGUUUCAACAGCUUUUGUCUCAAGUUUUCCUGCCAACUCCAUACCCUUCAGAUUACCUCCGAUGGUUUCACCUUUACAGCCCCUGUCAGUCAUUGGUGGACGUUUGCUCAAGAACCAGUGUGGGGAGUGUGGACGUAUUCUCAGCAGCCCCGCAGCCCUGGAAAGCCACGUCAGUCUUCAUACUGGAGACCGACCUUUUUCUUGCUCGGUCUGUGGGAAACGUUUCCCGGACUCAAAGAGUCUUAAACGGCACGACCGGGUACAUCGCAAUGGUAGGAUCCACGUCUGUCAGGAGUGCGGGAAGGGCUUCGUCUACCGCUUCAUCCUCAGCAAGCACCUCCAGAUGGUUCACAGCAGAAUCAAACGGUUCGUAUGCCCAAUCUGCACCAAAGGAUUUUUCACAAGGCGAGAUGUGGAGGCACACAUACGUAGCCACACGGGAGAGAAACCAUUCUUGUGUAAUCUCUGUGGGAAGAAAUUCAACAGGCGAGUGGAACUCAACGUUCACCUGAGGUGGCACUACGGGGAGAAGAGGUACUGGUGCUCGUACUGUGGGAAGGGAUUUUUGGAUCUGAACAACCUAAAAAGACACACUUAUAUUCACACCGGAGAGAAACCACACGCCUGUCCUCACUGCUCCAAACAUUUCACACAGUCAGGCCACCUAAAGAAGCAUGUGAAGAAUGUACACAAGGUGCACUGAGCAAGGAACAAUAAGGAAAUAAGUCAAUGGAAAAUAAACUCACUACACAUUGUUUUUAAUGUGUGAUUUAUUUAUCACUAUUUGCACUGGAUCAACAACUGUUGAUUGAAAAAAAUGUAAUAAAUUAAAACUGACUCAUUUUGGCUGGAUAUCUAUUGCCUGGCUGCCAAAAGAGAAGUCUUUGUGGCUGACGUGUAGCACGAUGAUGGAUAAACAUAUGACAGCUGAUGUGGCAUCUCAGUAAUUUAGCAAUUUAUUAAAACACGAUGCUAAUGUUACCCAGAUUUUACGCUGGCCUAAAGAUGUUGAAGGACUGUUAAUUGAUGUUAAUAAUGCAUUUUCUGUUCAGAUGUUUGUGAAACAUUAACACAGUCUGACAAAUAAAUAAAAAAGUAUUUCUAUGAAUGUCAGUUUUAGAAACUGGAGAAAAUAGACAAUGUUUACAAAGAGGUAAAACUUUAUGAAAAGAUGUUUGUGCUUUUUGACUGAAAAGACUGGAUUUUAUGCUUUGUAUUUAUAAAAUAUUUCUUAUCUUUGUUUGGCUGAAAGAUGUGAAAAUGUUACGCUUUAAUUUAUAGUUGUCAUUAAAAAAAAAACAUUUUGUUGGGGUUUUUUUUGUAGCUGUUUUUAAUUGGAACCGUUCGCUGUCAUUAGGCUGGGGUUACAACUGUUGACAAUGUUGUACCACGUACUUCAAAUGGUAUGGAAAUACAACUCCAAAUUUGGCGAUAGCUGGGCUGAGACAUUUCUGAAAACAGAGGGUAAUUGCCACACAAAAUUGACUCUCUAAUACAGGGCUG